UCAGCCUUUCUUUCUCUCUCUUCCCCUGUCCCCGGCCCUCCCUUCAGUCCCUACUAGAACCUUCCAGUUCAAUACUUCUGAUUAGGGUUUUUCCGGGGUUUAACUCUCUCUCAAUUGCCACCACCCAUAUCCAUCAUCUUUCCAAAACUCCACCUUUGAUCAUUGAUUAACACGUCCUUAGGCUCCAAUAUGGUUCGCUCCAAUGGCGUCAGACUGAUUCGAUGGGCUGCUCGUCGAUCUCUUGCGUCAAACUACCUUCGUGACGCUGCGAACGACAUACACGAGGCUGUGUCCCAAAGAGGUUACAAGACAUUGCAUUCAGGGAUUUGCAAGCCGUCUAGAAUUACGGGAAGUUACGCUUCAAACGUUGGAGAUGCUUUUACUAUGCAGAAUCGGUUGCUAUUGGGAGCAGUGAAUACAUAUUGGGGCACAACUAGAUCCAUUCAUGGCACGGCUUCAUUGGCGAGAGAUUAUUAUGAUGUUCUUGGUGUGAGUAAGAAUGCAAGCGCAUCUGAAAUAAAGAAAGCAUACUAUGGGCUUGCAAAGAAGCUCCAUCCAGACACAAACAAAGAUGAUCCUGAGGCUGAAAAGAAGUUUCAAGAAGUUUCGAUGGCAUAUGAGGUAUUGAAGGAUGAGGAAAAGCGGCAACAAUAUGAUCAGGUUGGCCAUGAUGCCUACGUAAAUCAACAAAGCAAUGGUUUUGGAGGAGAUGCUGGCUUUAAUCCAUUUGAGCAGAUAUUCCGUGAUCAUGAUUUUGUCAAGAACUUUUUUCAUCAAGGUGUUGGUGGAGAGGAUGUCAAGACCUUUGUUGAACUAUCAUUUAUGGAAGCUGUUCAAGGAUGCACCAAAACUGUGUCAUUUCAAACUGAUGUGCUUUGUAAUGCUUGUGGUGGUAGUGGUGUUCCUCCUGGAACAAGACCUGAAACUUGCAAACGCUGUAAAGGGUCUGGGGUGAAUUAUGUACAAGCUGGAAUAUUCAGGAUGGAGAGUACCUGCACCACAUGCAAGGGAACUGGAAAAAUUGUAUCGAGCUUCUGCAAGUCUUGCAGGGGUGCAAAGGUUAUCAAAGGAACAAAGUCAGUCAAGUUGGAUUUCGUGCCUGGGAUAGACAACAAUGAGACUAUAAAAGUUUAUAGAAGUGGUGGAGCAGACCCUGAUGGAGAUCACCCAGGUGAUCUUUACGUGAUUGUUAGGGUUAGAGAAGACCCCGUUUUCCGAAGAGAAGGAUCUGAUAUUCACGUGGAUGCUGUUUUAAGCAUCACCCAGGCAAUUUUAGGGGGAACCAUUCAGGUCCCCACUCUUACAGGAGAUGUUGUUCUCAAGGUUCGCCCUGGCACCCAACCUGGUCAGAAGGUGGUGUUGAAAAAGAAAGGGAUCAAAACCAAAAAUUCGUGGACAUUUGGGGAUCAAUAUGUUCACUUUAACGUCAGCAUCCCAACAAACCUGACACAAAGACGGCGUCAAUUGAUCGAGGAGUUUGCCAAGGAAGAGCAAGGAGAAGAUGUUAAACAGAGAGCUGCUUCAGGAUCUGGAUGAAGAUGAAAACCCUACGACAGUUUCUCCGGUUCAUUUAUUAUUAUUAUACUGUGAUCAACAAAAGAAGGAAAAAAAGGGGUUACUGCACUAAUUUCAAUCAAUCUAGGCAGGGAACCGCCCAGGGUAGAAAUUUUGUAGGAUCGGUAAUUUUGUGCUGCCCCUUGAGUGUAUUUUUCAUAAAUGAUGGUUUACAAUCUAAUUUGACAAGGUUGAGAAGGCAGUUCCUUAACUCAGGGAUGUGUACAUAUUUUCCUUUUGAUUAUCACGUGUAUUGGAGGUAGAAGGAAGGGUUCAAGUUUUAGCCAGCAGGCUGUUCUUCCCCCCCCCCCCCCCCAGUGUAAGGUGCUCUUGCUAGUCGCUAGAUUGGAUUAGAACCAGAAUAGAAUGUAAUAUUAUGAUUUAAAUUAUAUUUAGUAUGAAAUGGGGAAAGAAUUGCUCCCGUUUGCCAAAA